AUGAUGUUGAAGUCAUUGGUUAUGUGGUUGAAUACAGAAAGAAUGUAAAGGCUAUAGACAAUCAGAUGUGGCACACCAUGAAAACCACCACUAGAGAGAGUACACUGGAAGGACUUGAGGCUGACACUGCAUACAGCAUCAGAGUCUUUGCUAACUGUGGCGAAGCAGGGAAUAGUCUACCCAGUUCUGAGACUGUGCUGACUACCCUUAGGGUCUCUGAUCCCCAACCGAAGAUGAGCAAAUCAACCAGAGCAAAAAGUGAGGAGUUCCUCACAAAAUCCCAGAAGGUGGAAAAGGGCAACCCCUCAAUCCACUGGCUGAAUCUGGAACAGAAGUUGGGUGUAAGUGACAGUUUUGACCAGUACAGAUUUGGGAAGAAAGUUGAGCAAGGUAAUAACAAGGUGAUAUUGCUUCUGGGGGCCACAGGUGCAGGAAAAACAACUCUGGUCAAUGUCAUGAUAAACUACAUUCUCGGGGUAAAGUGGGAAGAACGUUACCGCUUUAAGCUCAUCCAUGAGGUGACCAACAGGUCACAGGCUGAGAGCCAGACUGUGGUUGUGACAUCAUACGAGCUCUACAACCAGCCAGGCUUUCAGAUUCCUUAUUCUCUGACCAUCAUUGACACACCAGGGUUCGGAGACACCAGAGGAAUGGCUCAAGAUAAAUUGCUCACCCAGAUGUUGAAGGAUUUCUUGUGUAAUCCUUUAGGGAUUGAUCACAUUGAUGCACUCUGCUUUGUAGUGCAGGCAACACUUGUUCGUCUCAGUCCUUCCCAGAGAUACAUCUUUGAUUCCAUCCUGUCCAUCUUUGGAAAGGAUGUUGCUGAAAACAUCCUGAUGCUUGUGACAUUUGUAGAUGGGAAGCAAAUACCGGUGCUAGAGGCCAUCAAAGCUGCAAAUCUGCCUUGUAAGAAAAACAAGAAGGGGCUACCAACCCAUUUCAAAUUCAACAGUUCAUUUGUGUUCUCAAAGGAGACGGAGAGCAGCUCUGAAGAGGAUGAUUCCAAUGAUGAUCAUAAGGCCCAGUGUCCAGAUCAAUGGAGUUCAACUUUCAAGGAGAUGAAGAAAUUUUUCCAAGCACUGGAAAGCAUUGAGAGUAAAGAUCUGACCCUGACAAAGAAAGUUCUGGAAGAACGUGAGCUUCUGGAGAAGACAUUGACACACCUGACCCCUCAGAUCACAGCAGGUCUGUCAAAGCUAAGUGAGAUCAAAAGCUUCAAACAGUGUCUGGAGAACGAAGACGAGAACAUGAAACAGAACAAAGAUUUUGAAUCUGAGGUAAAUGUGCUGCAGGUGAAGAGAAGCAAAUUAUCCCAAGACUUUGCAACAAACUGCAAGAUAUGCAAUUUCACAUGUCACACCUGCUGUUUCCUCCCAAAUGAGGAUGAAACUGAAGGACAACUUCAUGAAGGCAUGGGACAAGUCUAAUGAAACCAAGGAGAUGCUGGAUAAACGUGAGGAUGAGUUUCAUAUGAUUGAGGACGCGCUGAUGAAUUUGAUCAAGCAGUCUUCUGACUGUCUCAAGAGACUUAAUGAUGUUGCCCUGAAACCAAGCUCUCAGUCCACUGUGGAGUACAUUGAGAUACUCAUUCGCACAGAGGAGGACGAACGCAAGCCAGGCUUUGAGGAUCGGAUCGUAGAGUUGAAGAAAAUGAAGGGAGAGCCUGAGAUUCUGGAUAAGAUUGCAAAAGGAGAAGAUUUACUCCCAAAUGAGCGAAAAUUCAUGAAGGAUAAAAAGGAUAGUCGGCAGGAGGUUCCAACAUAAGUCAGGGAUGUUGUCCUGCUAACAUUAUCCGGAAACAAAAUUGGGUCUCUAUUUGAACAUCAAGCUUCCCAAUAUUGUAGGA